CGGUUCUUCUCCUGCGCUGGAGAUGCUCUUAAACCAAAACAAAGCAAAACAGAGCACACCAAAGCAAAAAAGCAAGCAAUAGUCAAAUUGAGAAGGCCUCUAGAAUUAGAAAGACAAUUCCUUUUGUUUUGUAUUUGGUAGGUGGUGGUGCGAAAUCCAAAGUUCCAAACAAAGAACCAGAAAAGAAGAACCAAUUUGAUGAAGAAGAAGAAGAAGAAUUGAGCCUCAGCCACCGCACACACGCACAAACACAGAGAGAGAGAGAGAGAGAGAUGGAUAAGUUGCUAUGUGAUGAACUUGUACAAGAAAUCUUCCAAAGACUUCCACCCUCAACAUCCUCUUCAGUUUCUCUUGUCUCCAAGCGCUGGCUUUACCUCUACCGAACCUCCAAAACCUCCCUCUCUCUCCGCCUUACCCCUCAUGAUUACACCAUCCCUUCUCUCUCCUCCCUUCUCUCUCACUACCCUUUCCUUUCUUCUCUCUCUCUUCUCUUAGCUCCUGACCCCACCACCACAAAAUCAACCACUUUUGCUGAUCAUCUCCUUCUCUUAGUCUCUUCCUUUUGUCCCCAGCUUCACAGCCUGAGGUUUUUGGCUGGUCCUGUCUCCCUCUCCUCUCUCACUUCUCUCUCUGCAGCAUGUACCCAACUCACCUAUCUGUGUAUCAAUCUCUCCAGGCCUCUGUUCCUCGUGUGGAUUCUCAAUUUCCCUUCUUUGAAGGAACUGUCAAUCUUGGUUUGCUGUGGGGAAGGUCUUGAACAAGCUGUUGAUGGCAAUACGGAAUAUGGGUUCUGUGCAGACGACGAUUCUGAUGCAGAGUUGGGUUUGGAAAGUCUUUGUUUAUCUGGAAUUGGAGCUGAUGAUUGGGGCUUGGGUUGGCUUUGGAGAAGCUGUCGAAAGCUGAAGAAAUUGCAGUUUAGGAGCUGUGAAGGGAUUGGUGAUGGAGGGUCUUUUUCGUCCUUUGUUAGGUGUUUACAGGGUGUUCAAGAAGUGGAGCUCAGGACUUGUAGGACUAUAAUUGAUGGGGUACUGGUGAAAUUGGCCGAGAAUUGCGAUUCUCUGACUUCUCUUUUGGUUUAUGAUGGUGGUAGCAGAGAGGGUCUGCUUAGGUUUUUUAGCCAAAGCCGUUGUAACUUGCAAAAACUCGACCUUCGAUUACCUCUUGACCUUAAAAAUGAUCAUCUAUUGGCUGUCACAAUGAAUUUCAGAAGCCUUUCAAGUCUUAAACUUCAAAGCUGCUGUCUUGUCAGUGGUGAAGGCCUCAGGGCUCUUGGGGCCGCCUUGAGUUCUGGCCUUGAAGAAUUGGCUCUAGUAAAUUGUGAUGUGGUUGAAAGAGAACCAGGGUUGUUGUCCACAUUAGGACAGAAUUUCAGGCAACUGAGGAAAUUGGAUUUGUCUUAUAAUGAAAUGUUGGUGGACAAAGAGCUCGCAUCAAUGCUAGUUUCAUGUAACUAUUUGGUUGAUUUGAGGUUGAGAGGAUGUAAAGGGCUUACUAAUGCAGCCAUGGUUUCUGUGUUUAAGAGCUGCAAGUAUUUGGAGAAUGUUGAUAUCAUUCGCUGUUGUGGGAUACAAGCUGAGGCAAUUGAGUUUUUUGUUAUGAACUCUCCUCAGCUGAGACAGGUGCAGGUCGAGCAAAGCAAGAUAUCGGAUGCCGCAAAGACUUGGGCCUCACAUAAGUUCAUUGAGGCUGUUGCUUGAUUCGGUGAAGCUACUAAUGUAUAUUUAUGUUAAUAAAAUGUUUCAAAUGAAACAGGUAUUUAUCACACUGCUUGUUCUGUUUUAAUUUGUGAAUGGUUGUUGUCUGGAAAUGUAUGGACAGAAAGAGCAGCUUAUGCUUUCUCUGAAUAAUGAUACUUUGUGUACACGAAUGUUGAUGUAUUUAUAAACAAUAAGAUUAUUGCAUCAGUUACGUGUAAUGUUUUUCUUCUCUAUUUCAAUGAGAAAGGCAUAACUCUUUUGAUGCAGAGUGUGUUGCUUUUGCUUC